CAAAAACAGCUGGGCAGGGCUUCCUGGUGGCUGGUCAGCACAUCUGGCAAAAGAGGAACGAGUGUGGCACGUGCGCCUGAGUCAGCAAAGAAGGGCGUUUUCGGAAAACCACAGAAGCCACACGCUUCCCGGUCGAUCUGCGGCUCCAAAAGGCCACCCCGAGGGACUGUCUCCCGCAUUGGAGGGCAGCAGAGCCAGGGAAGGACCCACCUGCCGGGAUCGUGGCCAGAGGAUGGCAGGAGGAAACAUCUAUGAAAACACCAUGCCAUUUGGAGCUCAUGAGACCCCUCUGAAGGAAGCUGCGCCCCGGAGGAGGCACCUCGGGGUCCCGGUGGCCUUGGCUUCUCUGGCUUUGCUCCUGGCCGUCUCCCUGGUCGCAGUGGCCUCUUUGUACUUCCAGAAGGAAAAGCGCCUGAUGGAACUGGAGGGAGCCCUGCAGAAGGCCAGAUCUUCCCUCUGGCGAAGCGGCGUCUCUUACGGAUCGGAGGAGGCGAUGGAGGGUCUCGGCUUCUUGAAGAACAUCUCUGGGGCCUUUUUGGAGAUCCAGGGCCGGGUGGAGGAGGCCAACGCCUCGAGAGCGGCUGCCCAAGAACGCCUCCGGGACCUUCGGGGCCUGGUCUCGGGCGGCUGGACCUUCUUCGGCGGGAGCGCCUACUUCUUCCUCCAAGAGGCCCAAUCCUGGACGGACGCCGAGCAGAGCUGUCGAUCACGUGGGGCACACCUGACCUCUGUCACUUCCCAGGGAGAGAUGGUGAGUGACGGGUUGCAUUUGGACAGAGACUGAACCACAGGGGCCUGCCAAAGGGUGGGUGGGACUGGAUGACCCUUAG